AUGUCGUUGGCCACGCUUCAAGCUGUCCGAGAGCAGCUAUCGGUUGCUAUCGAAGCGGCCCAGCGCCACCUCGAAGUUGUUUCUCAUGAUACCUCCUCACCAUCCCCCCAAGAAGCAGUGGAGCGCUCCCACACACUGGCAGCGGAAAUUGAGAGCCUAGAGGUCGAGUUACAGACUCUGGUCGCCACAAUUGUGACACAAACUCGCCACAAGCAUGUUGCUGCGUCUGCAGAAGCUCCACAAGCUACAACUGAGACGAUCGAUCUCAUGGAUGUAGAGACGGAGACAGAAGAUGAAGCCGCACACGCGAAUACCGAGCAAGAAGACGCUAAGCAGACUCGUAAGCCGCCUCCGACGCCCGAGGAAGUAGCGGCAAACCUCCAACACUUCGUGCUGAAGACGGGGGAUGCUUCCGCCGCUCUGGAUCGUGGUCAAAAAUAUAGAAAGGCUCAAGCUGCCAUCGUACCGUGCCGUAAGGUGACGGAGAACCUUUUCCAGUUAAUGGAGAGUAAAAUUCCAAUCGAUGAAGCUAGCGCGUGUCUGUUCCGUGACACAGCCGGGAAAAUGGCUACAAUCUUCGCAGAAGGAGGUCGUGCUGGGAAUAACCGUGAUAACGUUAUGUGCGUGGUCCACCUGGUUAGUAAACUAGGUAAAGUACUAGAGUUGGCUGAUACCCUCACGGGGAUCCCAGCAGCGUUGUCUGACGCCGUCUUGGGAUCUACCCGUCUCAAACUCAAGAAAUACGCCGAGAACCACUUGGAAGACCAGCUGACCAAAAUGGAAAAGUAUGUGCAUACUAUUCAACGACAAAAGGGCGCAGUGACGGCGGAGCGUAUCGAAGGCCCGAUGAAAAAGUUAAUUGUCGACUUUCAGCAGGAAAUGAACAAGUACAAAAAUUACCAAAAGAUCGACUUGCCUCCGAGGUCUGAAGAGCGUUGGGAAGUGUUUCAGAAAGUGGCAGAAGCUCUGGCAAAGUGGAUCGGGUGCACAAAGAUGACGGCAUCACCGCCUAGGCAACUCAAGGGAAUGCUUCGUGUGGCCAAGAAGUUUAACAAGGAGUUUCCCGACCGAGUUCCAAUCAUUUUGCUGAGGAAUGCUGGGAUGAAGUUGCGUAUAUCUCAACAACAAUACCGAUCGACGAAAGAGAAAGCAUCGGCGAAGUAA